GCAGGAAUGUGAAAUGCACCUGAACUCGUUCCUGCAGGAGGAAGAAUGAGUGCAGAAUGUGGACAACCAACCAACCUACCUGUUCCCGGACAUAAGUUCCCCUGGCAGGACUGAGGAAAACCAUUAUCCAUUCAUUCCUCAAACUCCCCUUCCACUGUGGCGUUGUUGGUCUUAACAAUUAAAAGCUGCCAGUAGAAGUUGGACAACAAUGGAGGAGUGCUGCAUUUCUGCCGAGGACGCAGAGAGAGUCAGGAUACACAGAGCAAUAGAGCAACAGCUACGUCGUGACAAGAGAGAUUCUCACCGGGAGUUUAAGCUGCUGCUGUUAGGGACCGGUGAAAGCGGGAAGAGCACAUUCAUCAAACAGAUGAGGAUCAUCCAUGGCAGAGGAUACAGUGAAGCCGACAGGAGGGGUUUCACUCGGCUGGUGUUUCAGAACAUUGUCACAGCCAUCCAGUCUCUGAUUCACGCCAUGAGGACAUUACAGAUUGACUACACUGAACACCACAACACUAGCCAUGCGGACAGGCUGAGCAAAGUGGAGGCAACCCAGGUGUUCACUCUGGAGCCUUGGCAGGUGGAUGCCAUAAAGAAAGUGUGGAAUGACCAAGGUGUUCAAAAGUGCUACGACCGCAGGAGGGAAUUCCAGUUAUCCGACUCUGCCAAAUAUUACCUGAGCGACUUGGACAGAAUCACAGGCCUGUUUUACAUCCCUACCGUGCAGGACAUCUUGAGGGUCAGGGUCCCCACCACAGGCAUCAUAGAGUACCCCUUUGACCUUUCCAAAGCUAUCUUCAGGAUGGUGGAUGUGGGUGGUCAGCGUUCAGAGAGGAAGAAAUGGAUCCACUGUUUUGAAGAUGUCACCUCCAUCAUUUUCCUGGCGGCCCUCAGCGAGUAUGAUCAAGUGCUUUAUGAAAAUGACAAUGAUAAUCGACUGAAAGAAAGCCUCGCCUUGUUUAAGACCAUUCUUUCAUACAAUUGGUUUCAAGAGUCCUCCACCAUCCUCUUUCUGAACAAAACAGACCUGCUUGAAGAGAAAAUCUCACAUUCCCAUUUGGCAACUUACUUUCCAGCCUACAAAGGGCGUCAGAAUGAUGCUGAAUCCGCCAAAAAGUUCAUCCUGCAAAUGUACAUCGAUAAUCACAGUGGACACGAGAAACCCUUUUACACACACUACACCUGUGCCACGGACACCGAAAACAUCCGCGUUGUCUUCAAAGCCGUCAAAGACACACUCUUCAGCGAUAACCUUAAAAAGUUCAACCUUGAGUAAAAGAAGUCUGGGGACAAAGUGAUCUCUUUCACCUUUAGGAACAAGAAAGCUCUUGGUAACAACUACAUGGAUAUUUUCUCUGUUACGUGCUGUUGGCCCUCAGAAAGCACGGUCAGGUAACAUUUUUAUAUCAGUACUGUCAAACACAGACAGUUUGUGUGUGUGCCCUGUUUUUCAUCACUGUUCAUCAUGAAGUUUAAUAUUGGGCAUUUAUAUUUGCUGCAGGAGGGAAAUGGACUCCUGCUGCUUUGGUUCUUCUACUGAAGUGUUACAGAUUAUUUCCUAUUCUAAUGUUAUGUCUGAGAAUCAGCUGAUGGUAUCAAACUGGUUUGGCAGAGGCUGAUUUAGCAAGAAUUCCAGCCACCCUGCAUUGCUACAUUGGGAGGAGGAGGCAAAGGAUCAUCUACUGGAAAUUCAGUGUCUUAACAUUUAUUUAUACUAAUGAGUAAUGAGUGUGCAACAACCACAAGCAUGAAGGCUGUGAAAUGUUCCUACUUACAGUCACUUAAUACAUAUUAAACCAACUGAUGUUUUCAAACAAA